CGUAAACUCAUUUGGACGACGAUCGAGACUCGCGGUAAGUAACUCAGUGCCUCAGUUCUCCUUCAGUUACGAUUUCGCAAGAUCCAAGUCGGCAGGGACGGUUUCAGGAACUCAAACAAUUAGCAAUUGACGCGCAUUAAGAAGGAACAUAGUAGUAUGAAGCCAAUUUUUUGUGGAAACUUCGAGUAUGAUGCUCGACAGCCUGAUCUGGAAAGACUUUUUAGUCGAUAUGGAAAAGUUGAUAGAGUAGAUAUGAAAUCUGGGUUUGCUUUUAUCUACAUGGAGGAUGAGAGAGAGGCUGAGGAUGCUAUCCAUGCACUCGAUCGGAGAGAAUUUGGCCGAAAGGGUCGCAGACUACGUGUUGAGUGGACCAAACAAGAGCGUGGCAUUAGAAGACCUAGUGGAGGUGGAGGUGGAAGUGGAGGCGGUUCGAGGAGAUCCUCUUCUAAUACAAGACCUUCAAAAACUUUAUUUGUCAUUAACUUUGAUCCAUAUCAUACAAGGAUAAGAGAUUUGGAGAGGCACUUCGAUCCGUAUGGUAAGAUAUUGAAUGUAAGGAUUCGAAGGAAUUUUGCAUUUGUCCAGUAUGAACUGCAGGAGGAUGCCACUAGAGCGUUGGAGGUUACAAACAUGAGCAAAUUGAUGGACCGAGUGAUUUCUGUGGAAUAUGCUGUUCGAGAUGAUGAUGAGAAAAGAAAUGGAUAUAGUCCAGAUAGGAAUCGUGAUAGGUCUCCUGAUAGAAAACGACGAUCCCCAAGUCCUUAUAGGAGGGAGCGAGGAAGCCCCGAUUAUGGCAAUGGUAUUAGCCGCAGUCCAUAUAGGAGGCAAAGGGCUAGUCCUGAUUAUGGAAGUCGUCGUAGUCCAAGUCCUUAUCAGAGAGAGAGGGAGAGAGGAUCUCCUGAUUAUGGCCGUGGUCGUAGUCCCAAGCAUAGUCCUUAUAGGAGGGAGAGAGAAAGAUCAAGUGACCAUACUAGGGCUCCCAGCCACAGUCCUCCCCAUCAGAGGGAAAGACCAAAUGGUGACCGAAUCCCCAACCGAAGUCCUAGUCCUUACAGGAGAGAGAGGGAGAGGAGGAGUCCUAUUGAUGAUGGACGUGGCACAAGCUAUAGUCCUCGUGAUAGAGAAAGGUCGAACCCGGACAACGGCCAUGAUCACCAGGAGAAUACAGUAGCUGAACCCGGUGAGUGCCCCAGUUACAGUGGCACUCAGAGCCCGAAGCAUCGGGGAUAUAACAGCAGCCGUUCACCACAAGCAGAGGAAUGAUGAACUAGAAAAUGGGAAGUGACAUCGAUGAUCUCAUUUGCUUCAGAGUAUGUUUAGUUGUAUAAUCAGUAUUAGUGGUAAACACAUGUAUUUGUAAGGAUAAAGUUUCAUUUGUGGUUCUUCAGUUUGUAGCGAUUCUAUGGAUAUGCUGUUGCCAGAUUUUAGUUAACAAUCAAAAUACACAGCACUCUGAUCUUUAGCUA